CCUUUGCCUUGGCGGCGGUCCUGUCCAUAGUCGAUGUAACAAUUUUAGAAGUAAAUAUACGAUUUUCGCAAAUGUAAAAAAAAAAAAAAAAAAGAGAGAGAGAGAGAGAGAGGAGAAAGAAAACAAAUGAGCGAAAAUACUGUGUUAAGCAAGGUGGUGAGAGACAUUGGAGAUGUUCAAAGUCGCUUGUUUGAUCAUCGACCAUUUACACAAGGAGAAGCAAAAUUCCUUUUGCAGGAAUUUGAAGAAAAAAGAAAGGAAAGGGAAAUGCAAUAUAUGUUUGAAAUGUUGGAAAUGGUCACAGAUAUAAGGGAAACCCAAAUCGAAAAGGCUGUUAAGUUGGCAGAUAUGCAUUUGUGCCAUUUAACUGCUCAUUAUGAAGUUACAAUAAGAAGUGCAAAAACAUACUUGAAAGAGGAGAAAGACAGAAAGAAGAUAUAUUUUUUCAUUUAA